GUCUGCUAAACUUUGUAAAGCCGUCUGCAUUUAUAUGUUUGGACAAAUAUUUACUCAUCUUUUUGAAGUGACUCAUUGAGAGCGCAUAUUUUUUUUCAUUGUUAUUUGAAAUCGCCAUGGCAUUAAUGCGCUUAGUCUUUGUUUUGAUUUUUUGUUCUUUUUGUAAUUGUAAUAAAUAUUCAGAAAAAAUGAAUUCUCCUGACUAUCAAAAAUUAAUUUCAAUGGAAAAUCCUUACAGAAUGCAGAAAUUAAAUUUAGUUUGGAGUAAAGCUAUAAAAAAACUUUCUGCUGAAAAGUUGAAAUCAUUAUUCACUGAUCUAAAGUUUCAAGAUAAAGAAGAAUUGGCUUUGAAGAAAAGAAAAGCUGAAGGACUUGAUAAGGAAGGGUUGAAAGAAGGUUUGGUUUUGGCAAGUUUCAAAGCUAUUCUUGAAAAGUACAAUCUUCAAGAAGAAUUUAAAGCUCUACAAGAUGCUGCUUUACUAUCGAAACCUCAAGCUGAAAUACCACAUGAUGCAUUUAUGAAGACAGUAUUUAAAGAUAAAAAAUUAAAUAAAUUAUGGCUUAAAGCUGAACAACAAGGAUUUUCAGAGGAUGAACUUAGAACUCUGAAAGAAGAAUUUCAACAUCAUCAAAAUAAGAUUGACCAAUAUUAUCAAAUGAUCAAUCAACUGCAUGGAAAGGACUCGGAUGAUAAGCAUGGCAAUGUGGUAGAACAUGUACUUCAGUCUGAAGUUGAAGAUAAACCUUGGAAGGCAGAUAAUCCGCAUCAAGUUUUGAAAGAAAAACACUCUCAACUGAAAUCUGGGUAUGAAUAUCUAAAUAGUAGAAUAUUCCCAGAUAUAAAAAGUACUGAAUUUGAAGAGCCUCAAGUUACUAGUCUCUGGGAGAUGGCAAAGAAUGCUAGUUUUUCACCAGAAGAACUGGAAAGUUUAAAGAAUGAAUUGCACCAUUUUGAACAUAGAGUAAAGAAAUUGAAAACACUUACAGCUUUAGAAUUAGAGCAUGAUGACAGUAAUAUUGUAGAUGAAGCUGUAGCCAAAAGAAAUAAAAGACUUAAAGAAUAUGGCUAUAAGGUUGAGAAAAUCCAAAAAGAUAUAACUGGUCGUAUUCUUCAAAAGCAUACAGAAUUAUGAAAAGUCAAGAUAUUGCAUGCCAUUAUAUAUAUUGCAGCAUAAAAUUGAGCUUCUUUUUACAACUGGAUUUCAUAUAUAUAUAUAUAUACAAACAUGAAACAUUUCAUAAAAAUGUGCAUUCUUCAGAUUAAUAUUCUUCUUAUAAUAUUCAAUAUAUCUGGCCUUUUUUAUAAUUUAAUCAUACUUAUUUUACUUCUUGUUGUCUAUGUUUGGCAGAAUUCAUUAUUUGUUUUUGUUUCCAUAUAUAUAUAUAUAUAUAUUCAAACUCUUAAGAGAUCUGAAUUAUCAUAAGCAUUGGACAUUUAAAUGAGCUUCAUUCUUCACAGAAUUUACAAAGAAUCAAGAAUGUGAUAACUUUAUUUCGAUAUAUCUAAUUUACAAAAUAUACAAUUGAAAUAAAAAAUAUAUAUAUCAUAUGCUUUAUUUUCAGUCUUUCGUUUUCAGUUUCUCUUCUAACUUUUCAAAUUCUUUUUGUGCUAUUUCGUCAAGUUCAUCAGUUACCUGCAAGAAAAUCAUUGUUUCAAUUUUUUGGACAUAUUAAAACAGUGGAAGUUCAUUAUGGUUCAUUAAAAAUUCAUGAGCAAUAGAACUUGUGCAAUAAUUUGAAAUAAAGUUAUUUGUAUUUUGA